CUACCAACGUUGUGCACCCAAGGCUGUGUGUAUGGAUCAAAUGCAAAUUUCUAUUCUGAACCUUUUUUUUAUAAAUAAAACAUUUUUCAUCAUCAAAACGACACAUUUUUCCAAUUGCAAUAAAGUUAACAGUAUAAACCAAUGUUUGACUUAUUCAUAGUAGUCACAGAGUUUAUAAUAACACUAAUUACACAUUUUUUUUAUUUCGUUUUAGCCAAACUUCACAAGAUUAAACUUGUUCAACAAAUGUACAAAGCCCAAAGCUAUAAAGCUAAAUCAUUGUCUCGCGAAGCAUCGAAACUAAUUAUACCAGAUGAUGAAAGCGAACAUCUGCGAAUUGAGUUUAUUGGUGACAUGGAUGUAUCAAAUGUAGCGCAUGCAGCGCGUGCUUACGGCUUCCCCGCAAUACAAUCGCUGCCCUUAGUACGAGGGUUUAAUUUUCCUAUUCCAGACGAGGACACUGUGGAACUACUGGAAGCAACCGUUAAGGCAAACGCCCAAAUACGAAAAGAAUAUAUAAAGUUUCUGAAAGCCAAAAAACCUAAAUCGGUCAAAAUUAUCAACGCUUUCCAUGCACUGUUCCAAGAUGAAGCCAUGUACAGUUUCAAUUAUUCCGGUAUUUGUCAUCGAGGUCCUCGAAGAAAGGCAAUGCAAAGUUACGACAUUUUUGCCGACUGCAUGUUGGAAGCUUGGCGGGAGCACGGAAUCGACCAAACAGCUUUGAAAGAAGGUCUAACGUUGGCGAUCAAGAAUAUCAAUGGUCGUAAAAGGAAUCGCAAGUAUUUCGCGCGCAAAAAAAUAAGGAAUGAAAUGCUAAUCCAUGACAACUGAGUUCUUGUCUGAUGAUAACUGUAAACAAAGUAAACCUUUCAUCUUAACCUAGUAUCAUUUCCUAUUGAUGUUAUUUUGCUUAUCAAAAUAAUAACUACUAGUUGUUUUUAAUGGGUCAUAUCAAAUAAAUGCACUGAUUAAAGAAAAAAAAAACGUUGGUUUUAUUACUCGGUUAUGAAACAAGAAAAAGUAACUAAUGCAAAGCUAACUGAAUUUUUACUUUUUUCACCAGGAGGAAAAACAUCGGCAGUGGAGACGACCAGCACUAAUUUCAUGGAGCCAACGAUUAAAAUCGAAGAAGAUAGUGUCGAAUUUGAUGAGUAUGCGUUCUAUUCAGUGCCAAAUGUGAAAUCCGAUGACAGCAAUAGCGACGAUAAAACGUCCAUUACGACCCAGCGGCCACGCCGCUCGGCAACAAAGUUAAACAUUGCAGAUCUGUUCCAGAUCUCCAAUGUUUGCACACAAAACAGAAACUUACUGAGGCAACCGUUUCCGAUUCAGACGGUGAACGAACUUAAUGAAUUAGAUACGCUGUUGUUGGGCAACCCAGGAUAUAUGGAAAAAUGCGCACAAAUGCUGCAUAAUGCUGUACGGAAUGAAACGCUGGAAAAUGUAACUGGUCACAUGAGACUGUUGCUAGAAUUUGCUGUGGAUUAUUCGGUACUUCUGAAGUAUAGUUGGUUUGGGUUUUUACCGCGUUCACCGAUUGCUAGGGGUAUGGGCGAGCAGCAACCAUUUCGAAAUCUGAUAGGUGUAAUACAUCUUUUGCAUAGAGCUAGGCGACUAAGGUUUGGCAAAUGCAGCUUGGAGGAGAUCCACGAGGGAAUCGAAAAGUUCCUCAAACGCAAACUGCGCUGUCAUGCGUUGUUUGUCAAAAAACAAAACUACGUCGUGCAGGGCUAGAAUAUUGUGAACAAAACAGAUGCCAAAUAUUAUACAUACGGGAUUUUUAUUACAGUCUCAGAGAAACCAGUGUAGUGCACAAACAUAUGCUUACAAAACGCAUACUUCCACUGUGGUUUAAACGACAGUAUUAUAAUGGUAGUUUAGUAACACACUGCGUAUUGCACUGUAUGUGAAUUAUAACCAUUGAAAAGUGUGCUUGAGAAGCGCUACAAUUCUAGUCAAAUAAAUACCAAAAAUAACGCAGGGGAAUCGACUUUGGGUUAUAGGAUUAUUUUAUUUAUUCUUUAUAAUAUUUAACACGCCUUUUUAAACGAAGCAUUAGUUUCUAAAUUAAUUGGUCUUAGCUUUCCUUUUAUAUAACCAAACCAGUUAGCAUAAUAUCCUAUAUAUUAGAUGUGAUGUCUAUUCAUAUAAUUUUACGAUUACAUUUAACAUAUUAUAAGAUAAGAUUUUCAGCAUAAGGUAAACAUCAGUAAUUAGUAAAAGCGAGUUUUUUAGCUUGCAAUGAAUGCUUUCAAAAAACUUCGUUUUACGAGGAAGACAAAUGCGACACAGUUUUGUUUUGUGAUUACGUUCUAAAAUUCAAGCAAAUAGUCCAAACAUUUUUAUGGCAAGGUUAGGUUAUCAUUGUUAUGUAAUAUAUUUGAUAUACCUAUAUUUUUAAAUGCGAUUAGUAGCCAAAACCAGUGAAGACUCCUAAAUGCCAAAGUUUGCUGUAACGGCAAAAGAAGAAGUACUCUAGUCAGGUCGCUAAUAUUGUGAAAUUGGUAAAUUCUCACUUUGUCUAUACCAUGUGCCAUAUCUAGCGUUAGCGUAUCCGUCUCCCAUUGUCGGUUCUUUCACUGUAUUGAAAUAGAGCAUAGCGUACUUUAUUGUGGGUAAUUUAUUUUACGAUUUUAGAAUCUGAUUGAACAAUAAAAAAUACUCAGAACAA